AAAUGUUGCUGACAGUUGUGCUCUUUUAUUUAACCUAUAUUCAAGUUUCAUAUACGUUGCCGCCAUCAGCAAAUGUUUAUAUGAAUAGUGCUGAUAGCCUCAAAACUAUAAAUAAUGAGCGUUUUAUGCAACAUGCAAUUUUCGAAGAGAAAAAUGUAUACACAAAAGGCUCAGACAAUUUCCAGCCAUUACCAACUAUAAGAUCACCUUCAAACUUCAAUGCUGCUCAAAGCAAUGCAGCGGUUGCAUCAGGAAAAUUAGAGAUCAUAAAGCAAAAUGGAAUGGCAAAUAUUGGGAGGUUGAAACAAAACCAGUUCAGACCGGAAGUAAAUCAGAAUAUUAACGCACCCCAAAACUACGAAAGUAUUGUAAAUAAUUUGAAUUAUCAGAGAAUGAUUUCACAAUUUCAAGGUGAAAAUUUAGCCAAACAAUAUGGCCUACCCCAAAAUUUCAAAAUCAACCUACGUGGGUUUGUUGCUCCGGAUAUAAACAAGGGAUUCAUUCCACCGCAGUCUGUUCCACUAAAACCGUUUUCACAAAUCAGGCCUGUUCAACAGACAAUACAGCCAACAGGAGUAAACAUAGGUAACAAUAAUGUGAACCGGCCAAUUUUGAACCUGCCAGUUGCAUCAUUACCUAGACAAGUAAACUCAGAAGAUCCUCCUCAGCGAUCAAAAAAAACGUACACAAUAAUUCAUCCAAAUGGAUCUAUUGAAGAAACGGAUGAUUUUGAAUAUAUUAAAAAUAAUUAUCCGUACUACAUCGUGCACGACUUAAAUAAAAUAAAUACAAAAAAAUAUAGUAUUGCCGAAAAGGAAGUACAUGCAGGAAGUCCUCUUGUAAAUCCUGCUAUUGUACCAAUUUACAAUCUUCCACCAGCACAACCUUUAUUAAAUAUGAACAACAAAGAGACACUGGUACCUAAUACAUUAGUUCCAAUAACCCAAUCACAGAUUAAUCCCACCAAAAUAGAUAAAUCAGUUAACGUUAAUGCUACUCAUUCUAAUGAUAAUAAAGAAAUAUCAAGUUUAGGACCCGUUUCAUCAAGAAACUUAACCUCCCAACAAGAUAUAAGCAAACCAGGUUCAAAAAAUCUAUAUACAAGUAUCUUAGAAACAUUGCAAUCUUUAAAAAGUAAUGAUUCAAAUCAUUUACCUGUAAUAGAUAAAUCAAUUUUAAGCCCUUCAGAAAUAAUUAAACCCCCUAAAAAUCAUAGUCUACUUCAAGAUAACGAUAUGCUUGAGAAGAUAAGUGCGAUUGACUUUUGGAAAGAAAUAGAUGUUAUUCAAAUCACAAAUGAAACAGCUGUAGCUGACAUUAACAAAGAAAAUCUCUUGGAAAACUUUGAAACGAUAGAUUCGAAUGAGGACGGAGAACUUACCAAAAACUCAACUAUAAACCCGGAAACGACACCAAGCAAGGAUCUAACGUCGGAGGAUGAUGAUGUUAACAUAACAGAUACCGACGAUACUUACGAAGUUUUUAAUACUAAUCCAGAAAUAGUAGAGGACUUUGUAAGCUCCAUUGAAGAUAGAAUAGAGUUUAUCAAACCAUUUUUAAUUAUAAAUGAUACUGAUGCUAUUGAUAAACCUGAAAAAAAUAGUGUAGAGUCAGGAAAUUUCUUAAGCAGUGCUAACACCAGUGCAUCAGGCCAAGCCUUAACAAACCCUAUUUAUAUCCCGCACAUAUCGCUAGUUGAAGACGAUGAUACGAAUUCCUCGUUUUGGUUCACGACAAAUGACGAAAAGGCGUUGGAGAAACUUUCGCCGCAAAAGAAGAAAAAUUUAACGAUUGCUUCAACACUCAGUAAUGGGGAGAAUAAAACCGUCACGAUAUCUUCCAAUGAAAAUACUACGUUCGAAGAAGAGAAGCCUGUAGAUAGUGAAGAAAAAAUAAAAAAUAUAUAA